AUGGCCAGGGGAAGCGCGAGCGGGAAUCAAGCAGUGAGUGGUGAAGCGUCUUGUUUUGCCUAUACCCCAGUCAGCUACAACGCUGUGACCAGCGCGUGUGAGAAAGGCGACCAGUGGCAUUGGGCGCUUGCGCUGCUGAGCGAGAUGUGGGAGGCGAACUUGGAGCCCGACGACAUCAGUUACAGCGCUGGGAUCAGCGCGUGCGAGAAAGGCGGACAAUGGCAGCGGGCUCUGUCGCUGCUCAGCGAGAUGUGGGAAGCUAAGCUGGUGCCCAACGCCAUGAGCUGCAGCGCUGGGAUUCUGGCUUGCGAUAGAAGCGGACAAGGGCAACGGGCGAUUUGGUUGCUCAAGGAUUUGCAGGCUCAAUUCCAAUCAUGGGGUCAACGAGUGCGGGGAAGGUAA